AAACCCCUAGGUCGUUAGGAAACCCCAAGAUUCGAGUUUCCUUUCAACAGACCCAUCACGUUCCUGAGGCUAUCUCCUGCCUCAACCCGUCCCCUGCAGCCUUACCUUACGUCUGCAGCAAUGGAGGCUGUUGCCAGGAACGUUGUGUCCUGUCCUUGCGUGGCUGCCGCUGCCAGGGCCUCAGAGUCUUUCUCUGCUCGCAGCUCCGUUGCUGCGUCUAAGACGACUCUCUUCGGCGGUGCUCGUCGCAAUGCCCUCGUCGCUAAGGUUCCCGUAGCUGCUGGCAAGUCCGCCAACAGGUCCGUCGUCUGCAUGGCAAAGGAGAGCGCUGCUGCUGGCUACGCAGCUGCCCUUAUCGAGCUGGGUCAGUCCACCAAAACUCUCGAGGCCAUUCACAAAGACGUUGAGACCCUUUCUGGACUCAUCGGCAACGCUGAGCUCGCGAACUUCUUGGCCAGCCCCGUCGCCUCGGACGUGCAGAAGAAGGCCGUGAUUAAGAACCUCGCAGCUGAUGCCGGCCUCAACGCCUAUACCGCCAACUUCCUGAACGUCCUCGUAGACAAGAAGCGGAUGAACAUCGUUAAGGAGAUCGCCGCUGUGUUCGAGGAGCUGUACUGCGAUAUCACCGAUACCCAGGUUGCCGUUGUGACGUCGGCCGUGAAGCUCGAGAACUCGCAGCAGGCCCUGAUCGCGAAGAAGCUGCAGAGCAUGACCGGCGCGAAGAACAUCAAGCUGAAGAACGUGGUCGAUUCGUCGCUGAUCGCUGGCUUCAUCGUGAAGUACGGCAAGGAUGGCUCCCAACUCAUUGACAUGAGCGUGAAGGGUCAGUUGGAUCGCCUUGCGCAGCAAUUUGACCUGUCAGACAAUGCCCUGUCUGCCGUUUAGGGGCCGUAUUUGACGAUGCUACUCUUUUUAUGUACGGAAGUUAAUCGCAGGUAUACCAUUGUUGCUUUAAUUCUUGUUAUCAGGUGAUUAAACGACUACAGGAGUUAACUCACAGCCGCUUUACUUCAGCAGUACACCAUUCCUCGGGCCGCCCUAACGUGGAGGCCUUGUACAGAUGUAAUUAACCUUAGUGGCAAAGCUGGUUCCUCCUCAGGCUUGAAGCCAUGUCCGGUA